UUCGUUUUUUAAAAUUCGUUGUGUUAACACCUCUGAAAACAGUUUUUGUCCAACUUUUUUCAGUACAUUAUUUGUUGGUUCUAAGAUCCUGUUUCUGUAAUUAAGCUUAAUCCAGCUCGAGUGGCUUUUUUAGAAGGAAACCAGGAUUUACAGGGACUUUUGGCAAAAGGCUAAAUAACUUUUAAGAAAUCAUCAUGUGCUGCGGACCCUGUGGACCUCGAUGCUGCGAUCCUUGUGGCGGAUGCUACAACUGCUGCGUUGAACUUUGCUGUGUGCCAUGUACUCCAGCCUACAUUCAAUCCACUUGGAUGCCCUGCGGUCCCAGAGGAUGUUGCUAAAUACUAGUUUGCCAAAAGGACGAAAUGAAGUUUAAAACCUGUUCUAUCUCCAACAAGAUUGUAACCUCUUAGGUUCCAACAUGUCUCAAUAAACGAAUUUAAUUGUAAUAGAA